UUUUCCACCCAAUUAAUGCACGUAUCUCCUACUGCCAGCCAUCAGAAAUGACUCCCUACAUGCUUCUUCUGGCAAUAUGCUGCGCGUCACAAAUCGUGCUUCAGGGCGUCGCGGCAACCAACCCCCUCCUAUUCGACCUCGAGGAAAAGAUUCAAGAGUACGUGGACGCACUGUCGGUGAAGCACGGCGUCAAGGUGUCCUGGUGGGACAUGUACGGGAACAACUCGCAAUUUAAGUGGUUCAAAGUCAGUACGAAUCCGAACAAGAUCGUCGUCCAGGCCGGUCCCAUCAAGUUCGGUGAGGCGAAGAUCAAGUCACUCCAACCGAAGGUGAUCUACACAAAUUGGGUCCACAACGAACAGCCCGACACCUCAACGACGACCAGAGUGAAGAGGUCCACGCUGCACAACACCACCCACACGCACAGCACUAAGAAGGCCUUCAACUGCGGUUUUAAGUUAUCCGUCGAGGCCAAACUGAAUGGAUCUGCGGGCAGCAUCAGCGCCAGCGUUUCCACAAAUUUUGAUCUGACAAGGCUCAACAGCGAAUCUCACACCGAGACCGAGAAGUACACGGUCAAGCAGGCCGUCGAUGUGCCCCCGCUGAGGUCCGCGAAGAUCGAGUGGGUCGUCACCGAUGUUGUCAGAGAAAUUCCCUGGACAGCGGACAUCAGAGUUGGGGGCUCGUUUGCGGUUUGUUUUGAGACGAAAGUUAAGGGCGCGUACCUGUUUUUUUACCGCGUGAGCAACCUGCGGGAUCCGCUACUGAAGCGCGUCGGACGAGGAGUGCUGCAGUUCACCGCCAGCGGAUCCUUCUCGAGCGUCUACGGUGCCGAAGCUCACCUCAGAGUGUCCCAGUACGCGCUGAUGGACAAGGACGGGGAACCCCUGGAAAUUACCAACCGCACGCUACCUUUGAGUGAGCGCCAAUCAAAGGUUGGCGCUUUUCAAUAAAUUCUUCUAUUUUGUGAAA